AUGGCCCCACUGUUUCAAAACCUCCAGCACGGAAACACUCAGGUAGCAGACUAUGGAGUUCAAAGAAACUGUUUGACCCAUCUUGAAAAGGAUCAAGGUAUGAGAAGAAGGAUCAAGUUGAUGCUUCUCAUAAGUAUGGAACAAGAUGCAACCCAUGGAACGAAUUCCUAUCCCCGUGUGGAGAGUUGA